GCCCGCCGCAGCGAGAAGGAAGGCUAGUUGACACCGGAUGUGUUUCCUCCCAGGCUGAGUCCGCCUUCCGGCCUGGGCCACCGCUGCCGCGGAACCUCAGCUUUAGGUUUCUGAGUCGAUUGUGACCAUGGCUGCCGAGUCUGAUGUUCUGCACUUCCAGUUUGAACAGCAAGGAGAUGUAGUCUUGCAGAAAAUGAAUCUCUUGAGACAGCAGAAUUUAUUUUGUGAUGUUUCAAUUUAUAUUAAUGACACUGAGUUUCAGGGGCACAAGGUGAUUUUAGCUGCUUGCUCCACUUUCAUGAGAGAUCAGUUUUUACUCACGCAGUCAAAACAUGUCAGAAUCACCAUCUUGCAGAGUGCAGAAGUUGGCAGAAAACUGCUGCUCUCUUGCUAUACUGGGGCACUUGAAGUUAAGAGAAAAGAGCUUUUGAAAUACUUGACUGCUGCUAGUUACCUUCAGAUGGUUCACAUUGUGGAAAAGUGCACAGAAGCUUUGUCAAAGUACCUGGAAAUUGAUCUUUCUAUGAAAAACAACAAUCAACAUACUGACCUAUGUCAAUCCUCUGAUCCAGGUGUUAAGAAUGAAGAAGAAAAUUCAGAUAAAGACUGUGAGAUAAUUGAAAUUUCGGAAGAUAGUCCUAUAAACAUAGAUUUCCACGUUAAAGAAGAGGAAAGCAGUGCUUUACAGUCUACAGUAGAGAGCUUGACAUCAGACAGAAAGGAAAUGAGGUCACCAGAGCUAUCUUCAGUAGAUGUAGGUUUUAAAGACAAUGAAAUUUGUAUUCUCCAUGUGGAAUCUAUCAGUACUGCUGGUGUAGAAAACGGGCAAUUUUCGCAGCCUUGUACCUCUUCAAAAGCAAGCAUGUAUUUGUCUGAAACACAGCAUUCACUGAUUAAUUCUACGGUUGAGAGCAAAAUGGCAGAAGAUCCUGGGAAUCAAGGUCAAGGCUUAUUUUGUGAGAAUACUGAAGGAAGUCAUGGCACAGUAAAUGAGAUUCAGAAUCUGGAGGAUGCUUACUCACUGAGGCAUCAGUGCCCCAGGUGUCCUCGAGGAUUUCUUCACGUUGAAAACUACCUGCGCCAUCUUAAGAUCCAUAAACUGUUCUUGUGCUUACAGUGCGGGAAAACAUUUACACAGAAGAAAAAUCUCAACCGGCACAUUCGAGGGCACAUGGGCAUACGGCCCUUUCAGUGUACUGUGUGCUUGAAGACAUUUACUGCUAAAAGCACACUUCAGGACCACUUAAACAUACACAGUGGGGAUCGGCCAUACAAAUGCCACUGUUGUGACAUGGAUUUCAAGCACAAAUCUGCCCUCAAAAAGCACUUAACCUCUGUCCAUGGCAGAAGCAGUGGUGAGAAACUACCUAGGCAUGAUCUCAAAAGGCAAAAUCUACUAUGAUUAGAAUUACACCUUGCUCUAUAAGCCUUAUUUCAUUCUGUUAGGCAAGUCUGUCUGUAGAAAUGCAGCAUUUGUAAUGCAUUUCUUCCCUAUCUUUGGGUCUUAUUUUUGGUCGGCCUACACAUUUUAUUCUUUUUGAACUUCUACUGCCAGUUCCAAAGUGUAGGAGACAUGAUAAAGCUUUUGAGAUGCUAUCUUGUCUCAGGCAUUAUAUAUAUAAGUCCACACACUAUAAAGAAAUAAUGGUCCUCACUCAAAUAUUUUGAUUCUAGUGACAGAGGAUCCAGCAGUAUUUCCAGAUUCUGAUUGUGAGUCUCUGGAUAAUUGAUAAGUGUAAAAUCCAUCCACAAAGUAACUGUAAUGAAUUGGGAUAGUGGGAAGAGAAAACAAAUUUUAAAACACUAUUAUCCAUUAUUCUUCACUUUAAGAACAGAUAGGACUAGUGAAAUCUGUUUUUUUUAACCAACUGCUAUUGGCAGGUACCUGUUUUUAUAAACUGUAAAGGAACACAGUUCAAAUUCACUUAGGAGCUGCAGAUUUUUCUUACACAUGGGCUAAUAUUCCUUGAAAUAAUAUUCCCAUGAGUUGUGAGUAUACAUAUUUUAAAAAUAAUUGGGCCCAAGUUUCUUUUUUUUCUUUAAAUAUAGUUGCAUCUAAUAAUUUUGUGGCCAGUAAAUUAGACCACUGGCAUGAAGCUCUGAAAAACUACUUAGAAAUCCCAACUUUACCAAAGUUAUUUGUUCUACUGUUCCCUUUUCAAAUUUAUUUUAUUUCUUAGUUAAUCUAUAGUAAAACUGACCUUUAUUUUUGGUGUACAGUUCUAUGAGUUUGAACACACAGAUUUGAGCAACCACCUAUGCGGUCAGGGUACAGAAUAUCCAAAACCCCCUUAUGCAGCCCAUUUGUAGUCAACUACUAUCUCUAAACCUUGGGAACAGUUCUCCAUUGUGAUAAUUUUACCUUUCUGGAAUGUCAUAGAUGGAAUCUUACAGUAUGUUCCCUUUGAGGUGCUUUUUUCACCCAGCAUAAUAAUGCUUUUGAGAUUGAUCCAUGUGUGUAUCAAUAGUUCAUUCCCUUUUUUAUUUUGAAAUGGCAGUAUAAAUUUUCUUGCUCACUAGAUGAACAGUUUAAAUAUGGGUAGUUAUUAGCAUUCUUUUAAUGAUCACUAACUUCUUUCAUUUACAUUAUUGCAACUUGCAUUCACUACCUGUUGACCUAAAGCCUAACCAGAUGUAGAGUUUUAGUCUGUUAUUUGCAGAGGUGUGCCAAAAGCUAAACCAUGGCUGUAUGGUUAUUUUACUCAAAUUAUUUCAGAUUGUGUUAUGAGCCAUUGCUCUCUGAUAUCCCUGUGUACAAGUAACACAAAACUUUGUUGUCAUAACAAAGAUUAAAAUAUAUUGCAGGGCAAAUCAUAUUCUCUAAAAUACAAGAACUACUUUUAAUAAAGAAGCCUUCCUGGAUGCAUCUUACUUUUCAAGAUGUUCUAUUCCUCUUCUCACCUCAGCUAUAUGUAGAAUUUCUGAUAUAUUUAGUUUCUGUUGAAACCCUUCCACAUUUUAAAAUGUAAUAUACUUUGUACCAUUUAGAAGAAUUUUGUGAUGAAUCACAUAUUGUUAUAAAUAUUAGAUAUCCUUUCUGUGAUGCUUUUCUGAGAAAUACACUCUCCAUAGAAUUUUCACUCUGGGAGAGACUUUAAAGAAUCCAGCUCUCGUAAUAGGUAAAACCAACUUAAUGACUAGUGACAUUGGGCUGGUCACCUCUCCUUGUACUUUUCUUAAAUUUAUAUAUAAAAAAAUAGCUUUGAUCUUGAUACUUUGUAAGAUCAUUUCCAGGUCUAAAAUUCUAUUAUUUUAUAUUUAAAAAUUCCUGAGUUCCUAAAAACAAAAAAGAAGGAAAAGCAAGAGAGGAGAGUUUUGUGUCUUUAUGAAAUAUUGCUAUUUGAUUACUUUAUCAGAGACAGAAUUCAGAGAAUGAAUAGUGUUUUUCUUCCACUGGAGAGCAUGAUAGUAUAACACUUAAUUUUAUUUACUGUUUGACCUAUGAUUGGCCAUUUUUAGGCAUGGAAAUAUUUCCCUUUCUGAAAUAGUUUGUGAUUGCAGGAUUUUUCUUACUUUUGCUUCCUAGGAUAAAGGUCUGUGGGGGAGGGAUGGCCAAUGGAAGGGAGGGUAAAAGAAAAAGUGCAUUUUUUAGAAAUUGGUAUCUGCUAUCUUUGAUGUUUGAAAAAAAACUAUGCUUGAACUGUUUUAUGUGUGCCUUGUAAGAUUCUUGUGAAAUUUUUUGUAUGCACUUUGGAAUUUUUGCUUGGGGGAAGAGAUGUUUUUGUGAAAGUGAUGGUUGUUAUUAUUUAUUCCAAUUUAGUAGCAGAGGGAUCUCAAAACAUUCCUAAGAGAGUGUCUGUUUGCAUGAUGUGUAUAAGCAAUUUCAGGAAAAUGCAAUUUUUUAAAAUGCAGGUAUGACAAAGUAAAGUGUUGAAUUUACUCAUUUCAAACAUUCACUUUUAGUUUGUGUUCCUGAUAAUGUUGGGAAAAUGCAAUAUGUUUGAGUUAAGCCUCUUCAUUUAUGUAUAAAAGAUUUUGGAAGUAUAGUUGUUACUUUGGUAUAAGAGAAAAAUCCUUGCCGUUUUUCCUGGAUGGAAUUAUCCUAUAUGUUUACAUAGGAAUAAUAAACGAAAUGGGAAUGGAGAGCUUUGUGUGUUGUCAACAUCUGUGAAUUUUAAAGAAGCAAAGUAUUUCUCUUGGCUGCUCAUUUAAUCAUUCAUUCAAAUAUUUACUGAGUCCUUACAAUAUAUACUUGUACUAGAAAAUAUACAUACAGACAAAAAUCCCUACUCAUGAAAUUUAUAUGCUAGUGGAGGAAGACAAACAGUAAAUAAGUAAAAUCGAUGUAUGUCUGAUUUUGAAAACUGAGUUGGAGAAAAUAAAGUGGGAAUAGGGAGCACCAGGGAUGGAGAAUUGGGAUUGUAAUUUUAAAUGCGGUCAGGUCACUUUUGAAAAAUCUUAGAUUAUGUACCAGUGCCUGGUGAAAUGGAAAACACAUGUAUAUACACCGUCACUGUCUAGUUGAAUGGAAAACAGUGAACCCAAUGAACCAUUGUUGGGAACCUUUCUCUUGAAUUAACAUUUAUUUAAUAAAGAGAAUAAAAAGGAUAAAAAUGCAUGGAAAAAA